UGAAGCUAUUCUGAUGAAUAUGAAUAUAUCUUCCCCAUGAAAAAUUAUUUACUUUAAUAAAAAAAUUAAUCAUUUGCUGAUUUGCUCUCAUGAAGCUUUAUAUCAUCCUCUUCUGAAAAAUUCACCCGGUUCUCGUGUUCUUCUCCGAGCUAAAGAAACAUUUGAUAAGAUUUUCAAUGGAUUUUGGUAUCACAUCAGAACUGAUACGAUAUCUCCAUUCGAAGCUUGGUUCUUCUGCAGAACAUCAAAUAUCUCAUCUUCUUCUUCAAUCGUCUGUAGUUGCAAUUAAAAUGCUUAAAAGAAGAGGCAACCAAAGUCAAGGAGAGAAGGAAUUCUUACAAGAGGUCAAUGUGCUUAGUGCCUCUGAUCAUUCCAACGUCAUCAAACUCAUUGGUUACUCCAGGAUGCCAUGCUAAUUGUUUAUGAGUUUAUGCCAAGAGGGUCACUGGAUGUGCAUUUACGUGGUUAGGUUUCUCACUGUCUUAUGGUUGCAUCUGGCACUUUAAGAUUCUUAAUGUUGUUUAUUUCAGUCAUAUGGAAUGUUUAUACAAUGAACUGUAUUUUUGUAGAUUCUAAGACUGCGGAGGGUUUAGCUAAAGCUAUAUUAUAUCUGCAUGAUAAACAGCUUAUACAUGGCGAUUUAAAAUCUUCUAAUGUUCUUUUGGAUGAAGAUCUUAGACCAAAACUAUCAGACUUUGGAACAACUGUAGUUGCGCCUACAGUUGUUCACAAUCUGAUUGCCACCUACGGCUUUGCAGAUCCUAUGUUCCUUCGUAGUGGUGAGCUCACCAACAAAACCGAUGUGUACAGUUUCGGAGUUAUAAUGCUGGAGUUGAUAAGUGGCCACACAGCAAUCGAUGAUUUAUUAGUUGAUGGAAUAGUUAGAGAGAGGCACAGUAUUGUUUUAUGGGCAAGGCGAAUAAUUGAAGAGAGGCAGUUCGUAGAAUUGGCUGAUCCACACAUGCCAGACUCACCAGGGGCUGGGUUUAUCGAGAUCCUUGAAUUUGUGCAUAGGUGUGUGAGAGUUGAUCCCGAUGAGAGGCCUUCUAUCACAGAUGCUGUGGCACUACUUACCCAGUUUUCACAAAGUCUAAAGACACCGGGUGCUGGUCCAUCUACUUCUUCAAUAAAUGAGAUAAGUGAAGAAGGCAAAUGAGGAAAUGGGAUUGGUAGGAAUGAUCUUUAUCAUGUCUGAUUGUUGUGUUCCUUUUUGUAUAGCUUUGGUUAUUCCUUAAACUUCCUUCAAAAGAUUAUAGUCUUAGUAGUUCCAUCCUUUUGGUCUAGAUGCGGCGCAUAGGUUCUCUUGAAUGAUCUAUUGCAUUAUUUUCACUCGCUACACUUCCUAAUACACUUGUGUUACUGUAUCCCCCUUUUGAAAGGAAUGUAUGGAGAAGGUUAAUGUUGCGAAUAAUUGUUUUUCGAUGUAUCAUUAGGUAUACGCUCAUGUUAUUCCUGUUUAAGUAUGGAGGAGCUAAACUUUUUAUUGUUGAGCCUCUUCUUGUUAAUGCUGGUUUUAUUAUAUCAUUUAGAGUAGAUUCUGAUGUUCUAUCUCUAGACAUAUAAGUCUACUCAAUUGAUGGUAAACAUAUAGGUCAACUCAAAUGAUCCAGGAGUAUCACAGAAUGGGUGAACAUUCUUGUUUGCAUUUGGAUGACCAAGAAGGUAAUUGAUGGGUGACUGUUCUUUUUCAAUUGCUAAGUUUUUUCUUGCACAAGGUCUAGCCCCUGCAGAGAAUGGCUCAUCUGAUGGGUUUCAACUCCAUCUUUUCCCUCUUUUCCGUUGUCGUUCACUCUUUGUAUCAGAUGUACUUUGUCUAAUCGGUGAGAAGUUGUUCGUCUCCAUUCCUCUGG